AGCUCGCCGCCGCGAGCGCUUCCGGGAGGUUAGCGCGUCCGGGCAGCUUCCCUCGGCUUGCGGGAGCGCGGGCUCGGACGCCGGAGCCUGGCGGGCUCGCCAUGGACCGCGACUUGCUGCGGCAGUCGCUGGGCUGCCACGGCCCGGCCCUGCUGUCGCUGCUGCGGAGUGAACAGCAGGACAACCCGCACUUCCGGAGCCUGCUGGGCACGGCGGCCGAGCCAGCCCGCGGCGCGGCGCCUCCUCCGGGAGCCGGCAGGUAUCGGGGCCGUGACCCGGGCCGGGGCGCGGGGCGGACAGGAGGGACCGAGCCCCGGGGUGUGUGACCAGGCACUGGCUCCGGGCUGAAUGGCCGGGAUGCGCCUUCCGAGCCGCCGCCAAAGCUUCCCUGCUCCCGUUUCCAGAGAGAACGGGCUUAAAACUUCUUCCGGAACUCAGUGGGUAAAGUCACUUUCCAUCGAGCGGCCUGACCUGACCGAUUCCCAGGCUUCGCAAGGGAAAGAGAAGAGAGUUGACAACAUUGAAAUACAAAAAUUCAUCUCUAAAAAAGCGGAUCUGCUUUUUGCACUGUCUUGGAAAUCAGACGCAUCUCCACCCUCUGAAGUGCAUGACGACAAUGACAAUCUUUAUGCGGUCAUGCCACCCUUAGAGCAGUUCAUGGAGAUGCCAAGCAUGGACCGGAGAGAGCUCUUCUUCCGAGAUAUUGAACGUGGUGAUAUAGUGAUUGGAAGAAUUAGCUCUAUUCGGGAGUUUGGUUUUUUCAUGGUGUUGAUCUGUUUAGGAAGUGGCAUCGUGAGAGAUAUUUCGCACUUAGAAAUCACAGCUCUUUGUCCCUUAAGAGAUGUGCCUUCUCACAGUAACCAUGGAGAUCCUUUAUCAUAUUAUCAAACUGGUGACAUAAUUCGAGCUGGAAUCAAGGAUAUUGACAGAUACCAUGAAAAGCUUGCAGUAUCUCUGUAUAGCUCAUCUCUUCCUCCACACAUGGCUGGCAUUAAACUAGGUGUGAUCACUUCUGAAGAGCUUCCUUUGUACUACAGGAGGAGUGUUGAACUAAAUAGUAAUUCUUUGGAGUCCUAUGAAAAUAUCAUGCAGAGUUCUCUGGGAUUUGUUAAUCCAGGAGUAGUUGAAUUCCUUCUAGAGAAACUAGGAAUAGAUGAAUCUCAUCCACCGUCUUUAAUGAGAGGCCUACAAAGCAAAAAUUUCUCUGAAGAUGAUUUUGCUUCAGCAUUAAGAAAGAAGCAGUCAGCAUCUUGGGCUUUAAAAUGUGUGAAGAUUGGAGUCGAUUAUUUUAAGGUGGGGCGACAUGUGGAUGCUAUGAACGAAUACAAUAAAGCUCUGGAAAUAGACAAACAAAAUGUGGAGGCUUUGGUAGCGCGAGGAGCAUUAUAUGCAACAAAAGGAAGUCUAAACAAAGCAAUAGAAGAUUUUGAGCUCGCAUUAGAAAACUGCCCAACUCAUAGGAAUGCAAGGAAAUAUCUCUGCCAGACACUUGUAGAAAGGGGAGGGCAGUUAGAAGAAGAAGAAAAGUUUCUAAAUGCUGAAAGUUACUAUAAGAAAGCUCUGACUUUGGAUGAGACUUUUAAAGAUGCAGAGGAUGCUUUGCAGAAACUUCAUAAAUAUAUGCAGGUGAUUCUUUAUUUCCUCUUUGAAAUUUGAUGGUAUUUAAAAUUAAAUAUCGUUUUCUUUUAGGGAAAAACUAGGUAACCUAGGUGAAGUAUUAUGAAAAUGAAUAGCUUGUCCUAAUUAGGUUUGCAUAGCAUUAUAGUACCACUGCUUUUUUAUUUAUUCAGAAGUAAAAAAUAGCCACGUAAGAAAAUGCCUGUGCCUAAAGUCAGUAUGUGAUGUUGAUUGUUGUCCUUUGUGGAGAGCUUACUUCCCUGGUGGUUAUAAGAUUGAGAAUUGCUGGUGUGACUGAGCUAAUUAUGCAGACCUUUGUAGACGUUGUUUCCUUGUCCUUUCCUGUAAUACUGAUGAUGAUGUUUUCUCAUGCAUUUUCUUCUGAAUUGGACCAUUGCUGCUGUGUCUGUGACAUCUGGUGCUGCUCAUCCCCAUCCACAAACUGGAAAAUGAUUUCUUAUGUAAUCAUGCAUCCAACUGGGCUGUGCUAUUUUUAAAAUGGUUUGUAUUUGAACAUGGUGAUUUUCCCCUCAAUUCACCUCUGUGGAAUGUCCUUACUUAAAUUUAAUUUGUAAAAAUUGUGUCCUGUUUACAUUUUCCAAUUUUUAAAAAUAAUUUUCAUCUCUUUUGAACUCUUACUUGCAUUCUGGGUCACUGGUACUACUGCAAUGGCUUCCCUGUUUUUCUUGGGAUACCAACUGCAAUAUGGUCCUCAAUAUUGUUCUGGUCAUUCAAAUGAUUAAUACCAAUUUUUUUAUUUGGAAAAAUAUAACUUGUUUAAUCCUGGCUCUCUGGUGAUUCGGUUAUCCUAAACUGGGUUUCUGCUUGGGGGUGGUUUUUAAAUACUGGUUUUUGCAUAUUCUGCUAUUUUUAUUUUUAACGUGUGGUUUUUUCCGAUAUCUGGGUUCUAAAAGAAAUCUUUGGAAUUAAGAGAAAAACAAGCUGAAAAGGAAGAAAAGCAGAAAACAAAGAAAAUAGAAACAAGUGCAGAAAAGUUGCGUAAGCUCUUAAAAGAGGAGAAAAGGUAAACUAUAAUAUUCACUAUUUUUUUUAAAAACUUAAAAGCAACAGAGUUGAACCCAAAGUGCCAUAUGGAGGUAAAGUAAGUAAAAAAAAAAAAUGUAUCUCAAGUGAUAAUUCUUAGCAAGCAUAGUUCCACGUGUUAGGAAAUUAAGCAAAGUAAAACCUAAGGCUACAAUUCUUUUUAAAAAUUAUAUUAAAGUAUAGAAUAAGUUCUUUUUACUUUCUGGGAGAUGGGCAUUUAGAAGAGGACCUAUGGUUCUUAGAUACUGGUGGUUUUGCUGUAUGCUUACUGUUAGCUGUGGAAUGUGUAGAGGACAUAGGAUCCUUUGUGUCAACAUCCUACAGUGCACAAGACAGUCUACUCUUAACUUCACUAAAGAACUUUUUGGCCCCGAAAUGUUCAUAAUGCUGAAGGGGAACAUAAAGAAUCUAGGGAUAGGAAGGUAGAAAACCCAGGCUGCUGCUUAACAUGUUCAGGUAGGCAUAAACAAUGCCAGAAAGGCUACUGCAUCUUUCACAAGUACUGCAUUUGCUUAUAAUGACACCUUUCUUCAUAGGUGUUCUCAAAAACCAUGCUUCAUAGUAAAACUUGAUGAAGUAAUUGAGACUGUUAUUAUGUCUGAAUGAUAGCUUAUUUACAACAUCUUCAAGUGAUACAAACUAGGGUAAAAACUUGAGGAAUAUUUGACUAAUGUUUUUAUACUUAACGUGUCUGAUGAGCCAACUAAUUUUUUUAAGGCUAAAGAAGAAAAGAAGAAAAUCAUCUUCCUCUUCAAGUGUUUCUUCUGCUGAUGAAUCCGUCUCUUCCUCCUCCUCUUCUUCCUCUUCUAGCCACAAACGGCAUAAGAAAAGUAAGAGGAAUCGUUCAGAGUCUUCUCGAAGUUCAAAGAGGCACUGGUCUAGGCCAUCUUCAGGCCACACAGAUCAAAGUAGGAAAGAUGAUUGCUACCCAGUUCCAACUAAUACCUCAGCAUCUUUCCUUAAUCAAAAGCAAGAAGUGGAGAAGCUGCUGGAAAAGCAGGAUAGGUUACAGUGUCCAAAUGCACAGGUAAAAGAGAAAGAGAGGGGCCUUCUCACAUCUUCAGGUGAAGUACCAGAUGAUUUGGGAGGUAGGUCAGAUUUUUACAAUAGCUAUAAAACCCAGGCAGGUAGUAGCAAAACCGAAAAGCCAUAUAAAUCAGAAAGACAUUUCUCCAGGAGAAAUUCCUCAGAUUCCUUCUCUAGAAAUUCAGAGGACAAGAUGAAAGCAUCUAGUUACCGAAGAUUUGAAAAGGACACAGAGGGAAGAAAAGAUCACUCUAGGAGGUGGGAGCCAAGUUCUGUGAAGUACUCUACUUCACCAGCAAGUUCAGACUACUCUUGGAAAUCACUUGAAAAACAAAAAAAAUAUACAUACUCUGGAUCGCGGGAUGUCAGUAAACAUGAGCAAAGAUACCAGUUAAAUACAAACCAGGGAGAGCGUGUGUAUGAAAAGGAGGACAGUUGUGGGGAGGGUAAUAGAAACGAGGCUCCAGAAGAGAUGCUAAAUAGCAAAGAGCAGCCAGACAGCAGAGUUAAGAAAAAUUUACCUCAAAAUUUACUCAAUAUAUUUAAUCAGAUAGCUGAAUUUGAGAAAGAAAAAGGGAACAAGCCAAAAAAAUGAUCUGCUAAGGAAAUUUUAAUUUCCAGAAGUUUGGGGAUUCUUUAGCCCUAACAAAUAGUUCUAAGUCUAAACUUAUUUGUAACAGAUCACAAAAGGCUGUUUUGUUUUCAUUAUCAGCCCCUUUGUCAGUGUUGUGGGUAUAUGUGGAUACAACUUUUAACUAACAGUUCAGACUUUUUCACCUAAAGAUAGUUUCUGAGUACUUUGUUUCUUCACUAUAAUAUGGUUUGUGAGACUCCUUCCUUGGGUCCAUCUUAUUUCACUGUUAGAGAAAACUAUGUUUGCAUUGAACAGUUGAAUUGUUUUAUCAAAAGAAACUUUAUUCUGUUUUUUUGUUAAAAGCCCUCAGCCUUUGGGGGUGGGGUAGAAUAUAUGGUUGAAUAUUUCUUUGAUAUUAUUUUCAAUCAUUUGUUUUCAGUAUUAAAAAUUUUGCACCAUUUCAUUUUUAAGUGAUAAAUUAUGACUUAAUGUCUAAGGCUUGAUGCAGAUGGUUUGUGAACACUUGUUUUCUUCCCAGCUUAACAAAAUACCUUAAGAAUAAGACUAUGAAAGUUGGUUAAUCAGAGCCUGUUUUAUUUCUCCAAUAUUAUUUUUAUUUAAUGGUUAUCGUCAUAAAAUCUUUAAUUCUAAACAUUGACCUAACCCUUUGAGAAUUUUGUAUCAAACUAGAUGAGAAUAGAAAAUAACUAUUAGGAAAAAAUAGCAGCAGAGAAGAUUUCUUAUCUGUCGCUUUCCUCUAUUGAUGCCCCUUACUGAAUCCUAGUGGAUAACCAACCCAGAGUCAAUCCCAGGCCUCUAAGGGGGCUCAGUAGGUAGAAGUACCAGCCAUGCCUGAGAACCUGACUCCAAUCCCAAGAGCCCAUGGUGUAGGGAGAGAACUAGCUCCCAAAGCUAGUCUUCCAACACACACACAGUGCCAUGUGUGGACAGCUAAGGAAGAAAUUAUACUCAACUUUCAAAGAACCUCUCUGAAUUACUAGAAAUUGAAUAGUAGACUCUUGGCAGUAUUAGUAAGUUGUCAUAGCUAUUACAUUUCUGAUGCUCUUAAAUUAGGAUUCUAGAAAGUACAAAUAGCAAUAAGCUUUUAAUCUCUUACUGGUCAUUGGAUGGGAUCCACCCUCAAACAUGCAUGAGGGAGUGGCAGAAAUAAAAGAGACUCGUUGCAUGUGUGUUUCUACCAGUAAAAUGCUUUAAUACUGAUACAUAGUAUUUGUACCAAAUUACAGUGAUGGAAAACUACUGUAAAAUAUAACAGUUAUUUUACAGUACAAUACAGAAAAGAAACCUUGAUUAAGAACAAUAAAUAAUGGCAGCAGAAAUUUCAUAAUCACUUCAACAUUUGUUUUUUACACCAAGGAAAUCAUCAUCAUCAUCAUGGGGGCUGGGGUAAGGAUGAUGAGCGUAUGUGGACUUUGGGGGACAACUUGAAGGAAUUUUUUCCACCUUACGGGUCCCAGGAAUGAAUCUUGGCUCAUUGGGCUUGACAGCAAGUACCUCUAUCCACUGGGCCAUUUUGCUAGCCCAGCACCAAGGAACUCUUAAGAGUAUUCUAUGUCUCACUAGUUCCAGACUUACUCCUACAUAGCUAGGGUUUGUUGUUGUUAUGUGAAAACCACCUCUAUGCACACCCCUUGAUCUUUGAGAAUCCCUAGUACACCUUGUAAUCUUACACAUACCAUGUUACUUAACCCUUAGGAUAGUGCCUUGUAGGGAAGGCUAUCAGACUUUGAAAAUUACAUCUUUCCUAGUAGGACAUUCUAAGUUAAGCAGACUACACUGAGCAUCUAGUUCCAUGGAAUAUUUGAGGAGUCGUCACAGAAAAAAAUUAUUGAGAAUUUAAAUUGAUUCUCAGUUCUGUCAUCAUUAGUUUCUUUUACAUUAAUAUGUCCAUAGUUUGCAUGUUCCCUGGACAGCUUUGUCUUAAUUUCCAUGAGUAGAACUGUGACUUCUGGAUGUUAAGAUAUUCCAGAUCUGAAAACAGGAUUCAUCCUUUGUCCUCCCAUUUAACAUGACUACAUGCAGUUAGUAUAGUGGUUAAAUGUAAACUUGGAUGCUGGCCAUUCCAGAGUAGGAUCUAGUAGUGAUUCCAUAGGUAGAAGCUAACUACUUACUAUGCAGUUAACCCUGUUUUAGUGCCAGUGUAUUUUGCUUAUAUGUUCCUUUAAUAAACCUGUGAUAGUUAAUUAUCUCUAGAUUACGAAAAGAAAAGGCUUAGAAAAGUAAUCUCCCUAGGAACAAAACCUCUGCCUUUGUAGGACACAAAGUUUAUGUUUUAAGUUCUAAGUAACUUACAAACUAAAACAUAACUGAGAAUCACAACAUUGAUAAACAAAAUGAUGGGAUUAAUCAGUUUUAGAUCCUAAACAUGUUGUGAAUUUAAUUUAAGCAGUGUUUGAACCAAAAAGUGCCCAGAGUUUUCUUAGCCUUUUUACUUAUUAGACUUAACUAUGUUUCUAAAUUUAAAAUGAUCAUUAGUAGAAACAGAUUUCCUACCAGUGCUGCGUUUCCAGAAGUAACUGAGUUCUAAGACAAUCACUGCUGUAAUGACGAUUUUCCCAAAGGUUUAAAGGAGAUGCUGAUUUAUAUACCUGAAUGGUAAUGUAUUUGAAAUCUAGCUUUAUAGUAUUAUUUCAUAUGCUAUCCCAAAAAGGUCAAAGUGCUGGAAAUAAAGUAUUAGCUGGAAAAAAAAUUUUAAAUAUAGUAUGCAAUAUCUACCUCCAGUGUAAAUUUAAUAUGUUCAGUUCUUUCAUGGUCAGAGAAGAAACAUUCUUAACAGCUUAGGUUUCACUUUAUUUGUGCACAUAUAGAGACAAAUGCAUAUGUACAUAUACAUAAACAGUGUCUUUCUUACUAAACUUUUUCCUGAGGGAGUGGGAAUGAUGCUGUGUUUUGGUUACACAUUAUAAACAGUACAAAUAAACAAAAGAUGGUCUUUCCCAAGCUCCUCCCUCAUGUUAACCCCCUUAAAAACAUCUGAAGAAUACAGUUGUUCGCUUAUUUUUUAUUUUAAAAGGUAGUUUGGUGAUCUAGAGUAAAUGAAAACUUCAUUAUUGAGAGAUAGAAUAAAUCUUUAGAAGUGUAUUAGUGAAAGAAUCUUAUAAAUGUGUUACUUCAUAAAACAUCUAACACUGUAGACAUGUUCUAGUAAAAAAAAAAAAAACCUGCUUAUUUCCCUCUGCUUUGUCACAUGUGGCUUGGCUAAGGUUCUGCAGUUUUCCUUCUCUAUAAAUAAAACAGUAGGAAAAAAACAAACACAAAACUCCCUUUGUUCUUUUCUCAGACAGCUCUUAUAGCCACUGUACAGAACUUUUGUCUGCUCUGUACUUUUGGUAGUAUUUUAGUAAGCCUGCAUCAUUAAUAAAUGAAGCCCCAGAAAAAGAGAGAGACUUAACUAUUAAUAAGAUUUUCAUUUGUGUUCUAAAUGUAUAAAAAGAUUUUUUUUUAAAAAAAAGCAUGUUCAUUUGCUGAGCUUUUUUUCUUUAGGAAUGUUGGAAUUACUGCCACUACUAGCUGACCUAGAACUGUCAUUUGUUGCUGGAGGAGGCUCUGGGAAUCUGAGCUGUAUCACUUUAGCUGUGGGGGGAGACUGGAGAGUUACAUCCUCGAGCGACCUGGAACAAGAAAGGAUUUUCUGUAAACUCAGUGCAAAAUGUACUUCAAAAAGACCUUUCUAUUGGCAAAAAGAAUUAUUUUUUUAAUUCCAUAAGUAAUUAAAUAACUAGGAAACCUAUUAGUGUUAAUAAAAUUUAAAAAUAUGACCAAUUCUUUCAAAAACAGAAGUGAACAUAGUUUAAAUUGUUAAUUGUUUCUGUGAGAAAAAUAUAUUUUCAAGUGUAAUGAGUUUCAUAUAAUUGGAAGUAAUAGUUUGUAAGGUAGAAACAAAAGAAUGGAUGGGUGCUUGGUAGAGUGAUCAAAAGGAUAGUUUAAGGGCAUGCUGAAAAGGAGAGGGGUUGGCAGGAAAGAUGGUGAGAUUGUUUGCAAAAUAGCCAUUUGCUUCUGAAAUGAUAAGUUUUAUUAAAAAUACAGAAAAUUUUAAUAUAUAAUAAACAUUGAGUAGUUUGAUAUAUUUAUGUAGAAAAGAGGUUUUUAGUUUUUAAGCUUAAAACGCUGUCUUUGGGCAUCUCUUUUUUUUAACUGUGAAACAGUUACACAGACUAAUAAAAACUAGUACAUAACUCUAAACAGUAGAAGUCUUAAAAUCGGGUUUAUUAAUAAUAAACCUGUCAACAAAGACAUAAUGUCCAUGACUUAGUCCUCCUCCUGGUACAUUUUGGUUCGCAUUAAGCUAAGUAAGAUAUGGUAAAUAAACAUCUAUAAUUAGAAAAUUCAUUGUCUCUGCCUCUAACUUACUCUUUACAGUUUGAAAAGAUUUAAAUUUUUCCAGUUAGAGUUCACCCAAAGUGUUUGUUCUAUCACCCCAAUUCUCACCCAACCUUGUUCCCUAAAAUCACUUGCUAGUUACAGUAAAUGUGUCAUAAUAGAAAUAUUGGCAGCUGCAGGCGGCUUGCUGUAGUGUGUGUCCUGGAGUGAGGUUGCUGAGGGUGAGUGACGUGGGUGGCAGCAGCAUCGGUGAGGGUCAGGACCCGCUUCCCCUCCUUACCUGAAUGAUGAAAGGGAGGAAGACUGGGAAGAAGAUCUCGAGCUCGGGCCUCUUGCUGUAGGUAGUUCUAACCCGUUCUGAAAGAAUAUUUCAGUCAUCAGUCCUACACAGUUUACAAGAAAGUUAAUUAGAUACACAGACUUACUAUAUUAUACUCUGUUACCUGCUCAAAAUAUGUUUUAAAGAUGGCAUGAAUUUCUGCAUUUUCCAUGGCAUUAACUAACAUUUGGUCAAUGUCCUUGUGAAACUGUAUGAUCUCACGGAGCUGAAUGUCCUGUUCUUCUAGAGUUUCAUUAUCUGUUUGUUUCAAAAUGCGGAUUUCUCUUCUGAGUCUUCCACACUGUUAAUAAAUAAGUCAGGUAUUACAUAAAACUACUUUCCAUGAGGUAAGGAAAGCGGGGUCUGAGUCUGUUUGGUACUUCAGAGAUGUGAGGAUUAGGGUCAGCUUUAAGAGGUCGUCAGCACCUGCUUAGUUAUUCGCUGCAAUUUCGGCUUCUGCUCCUCAGUCUCCUUACGAAGUUGAAAUGCAAGUGUUUGUUUCUCUGUUAAUUUCUCUUUGGCAUUAUUUGCUAAGUGUCCUAUAACUUCAAAAGUAUUUUCCAUGCUCUGUAGAAAAUAAAGUGUCAACAUAUUCAUGGUCAGAAUAAAAAAAGAAGACUUAUUGCUUGCCA